AUGUCCGCCGAGGUACUUGAGAAGGCGCUGGGCUUUGAGUAUCCCUCUCAGCCGGUGUCAUGGAACAAGCGGGAUCUCCUCCUUUACUCUGUCGGCAUAGGUGCCAAACAUUCCGACCUCAACUUGGUAUACGAGCUCGACAAGGGUUUUGCCGCCUUUCCAACAUAUCCAGCGGUCUUAAACCUGAAGAAGGACGGACAGGAUGUCAAUCUAUUCGCCGAUGCUAUCAAGGGGAGGGUAGGCCCCCCUGGUCUCCCCAAGUUUGACCCGAAUCGAGUUGUCCACGCUACCCAGACCAUCGAGGUACUCAAGCCCCUGCCGCUUGUGAGCGGCGAAGGCUGGAAGAUAGCUCAGAAGCUUUCGGGCAUCCAAGAAAAUAAGUCCGGCGUGAUCAUCGAGACCGAGAGCUUGCUUCUUGAUCCCCAAGGGACGCCCUACGCUAGACUAUUUGGCUCUUCCUUCAACCUCGGCGCAAAAAUCACCGGUCAACGCUUCGGGAAGUCUGUCAGUUCACCGCCGAAGGCCAAGCCAGUCCCUAAGGAUAGGAAGCCCGAUUGGGUCAUUCGUGACCAAACUACCCCUGAGCAGGCUAUAGUCUAUCGCCUGAGUGGUGAUUACAACCCUCUGCAUAUCGAUCCCAGCAUCGGAAAGGCGGCAGGGUUUGGUGGUGUCAUCCUGCACGGUCUCUCGACCUUCGGAUUUGCUGCUCGCGCCCUUGUAGCCGGUAUCGGAGGCAAUAACCCCAAUUCACUCAAGUACUAUGGGCUGCGAUUUACGUCUCCCGUCAAGCCUGGAGACGCCCUCGAGGUUUCAGCUUGGGAAGUUGGUCCAGGGCCGGACGGUACGAGCGAGAUCGUGUUCGAGGCGAAGAACCUGACCACGAGGAAGGUUGUGCUCGGAAACGGCAUGGCAUACAUUCGCAAGGCCGAGAAGAGCAGGCUCUGA